UCAUAUUAGUGCAGAACACUGUACCUUUAAUUUAAAUGCCCUUGGAGUCUGCUGGGGAAGAGAAAUAAUACUGUCAGUCAGUAUGACAUGCAGAUGAGUGCCGUCCAUCUUAGAAUCACCGCACACUUCACUCAUUUGGGCAGUCACGGGGCCAAAACCAGAGUGUGGAGCCACAGUGUGGCGGUGGAGGCAGCAGCAAUGGGAGGCCAUACAGCACCCUAUGACAAAAUGGAAACCAGCAGCAGUGUGAGGAGACCUGAAAGUGGCACAUGGCAGAGUGUGGCGAUGGAGACAGCAGCAAUGGGAGGCCGUACAGGGACCCAUGAGACACUCUGGACCUGGCAGCAGCAAGAGGAGGCGGUACAGGGGCCCAUGGCAGAUUACGGGCCUGGCAGCAGCAUGAGGAGUCGGUACGGGGGCCCAUGGCAGAUUACGGGCCUGGCAGAUGACGACGAGGCUGCCAAACCGGCUACCGAGCCACUCUCCUCGCCAGUACUUCUUCGCCUGGCUGCUGAAGAGGCGGAUGUCUCCCCCCGUUCCUGACCGC